AUGUGUUCAGAUUCCAAAUCCACGAUCUCAGAUCUCCUGAUCCAAUGCGAGGAUUAUCAACUACUCCAUCUGACAAUUUUCUACAGGGAGAGACUGAAACCUGCGAUUGAAGAACGGGUUGAAGGACUCAGUUUGACGUUGAGACAAAAGGGACAUUUCAGUGAACGGGAGCACGAGAAAGUCUCUGAGCUCAUGGGGAGGGAAAACCGGACAGAGAGUUCGAAACUCUUCCUCAGUCUGGUGAUGGAGAAAGGCGCCCUGCCCCGGAGAGCGAUGUGGGAAUCACUUGUGGAAAUAAGGAAGGAGUUGCCAAAAUUGGACAAGAUACUGGAAGAAAUCCAGGAGCUCGGUCCUGAUCCAUAUGAACACAGAAGUAUCACCCAAGGAUUUUGUGAGUUUUCCUCGCAACUGAAGGAUGUUCAACAGAAACACAAAGAGGUCCUGUGCACACAAACUGAAACACUGAGAGUGAACACGAUCCUGGGCGAGAAGGUGAAGGGUUUCCAACUGGAUGAUCGAUACGCUGAGCUCACCGUCAUUUCUACAGUUCGAGGUCGGAGACUGGUGGAGCAUGAGCUGCUGGCAAGAGGCAGAGACCAUGAGAAAUGCAGAAAGAAGCAUCUCUGCAGACAGCUGGAAAAGAUCCGGAUUUAUCAAUUGUUCCAGAGCGGCUUUUCCCGGCGUAAUUCCAAAUCUGGGAGUUCAGCAGCAGUGGCCGGAGUCCCAGGGAUUGGAAAAACAACAAUGGUACAAAAGAUUAUUUAUGACUGGGCCAUGGGGAGAAUAUUCCAACAAUUCCAAUUUGUAUUCGUUUUCAAAUUCCGGGAGUUAAACACAAUCAAUUGUUCAGUAAACCUAUGUGACCUGUUGCUGUUUUUCUAUUCUUACUUGAGGAAUGAUCUGGAAGCACUGUGGAAGAACCCAGAGGGGUUACUGUUUAUAUUCGAUGGUUUGGAUGAAUUCAAAGACAGAAUCGAUUUUGCUAAUAAUCGGAGAGACACAGAAUCUCAGCGUAUAUGCACAGAUCCUGAUUUUCGAUGUAGUGUGUCGGACAUUGUGUACAGUUUAAUCCAGCACAAGCUGCUCCCAGGGUGUUCAGUGCUGGUAACCACCCGCCCCACUGCGUUACGUUUAUUGGAAAAGGCAAACAUCAGUGUCUGGGCUGAAAUCCUGGGAUUCGUUGGUGAGAAAAGGAAGGAAUAUUUCAUCAGGCAUUUUGGAGAUCAGAGGGUGGCGGCAGCUGUUUUCGAACACGUGGAGGAGAACGAGAUCCUGUACACCAUGAGCUACAACCCCACUUACUGCUGUAUCCUCGCUCUGGCACUGGGCCCCUUAUUUAGACAAAGUGUCAGGGACCCGCAGCGAGUUCCCAAGACCAUCACCCAACUAUAUUGCUACUAUAUUUACAACAUCCUGAAAAAACACAGCCGUAAGAUUGAGAACCCCCGUGAUGUGUUACUCAGUGUUGGUCAGAUGGCCUUCACAGGAGUGUCCCAGAGAAAGAUUGUGUUUACAGAUGGAGAUUUGAUCAGCUACAAUCUGCAGCCUUCCCAGUUCCUGUCCGGGUUCCUGAUGGAGCUUUUGGAGAGAGAGGAUUCUGCCCGGUGUGUGGUGUACACAUUCCCACACCUCACCAUCCAAGAGUUUGUAGCUGCAGUCGCACAAUUCCUGACUCCACAUCCCGGGGAUAUCCUGAAAUUCCUCACUGAAGCCCACAGCACGACAGAUGGGCGCUUUGAGAUAUUUCUCCGUUUUGUUGCUGGUCUCUCCUCCCCAAUGAUAGCUUGGUGCCUGGAGGAGUUUAUGGGGCCGUUGGAUCAACACACAACCUGCCGGGUGAUUGAAUGGGUGAAGGAGGAGGUUAAACGGCAGAUUGGAAGCAGUUGGAGUGAAUAUGGUAGAAGGAGGCUCCUGAACACAUUGCACUACCUGUUUGAGUCUCAGAAUCCAGAACUGGCUCAGGCCGCACUGGGAUCUGUGGAAACACUUUCAUUCAGUGGAAUGACACUGACCCCGAUUGACUGCGCGGUCCUGUCUCAUGUCAUCGGACUCUGUGAUACAAUAAAACACCUCGACCUGCAGAAAUGCCGCAUUCAGUGUGAAGGACUCCAGCGGCUGGGUCCCGGGCUCCAGAAGUGCAAGGAUCUGAGACUUGGGGACAAUGAACUUGGAAACUCAGGGGUGAAACUAAUUUCUGAGUCGCUGAGGAACCCAGAGUGUAAAAUACAGAGGCUGGGGCUGUGGGAUGUCGGUCUCACAGAUUCUGGUGUCAAGCCUCUCACCUUCGCUCUCGUUACAAACCGUUCACUGACGGAGCUGGACCUGGGAUCAAACUCGCUCACAGAUCAAUCUGUCCCCGGUCUCCGCUCUGUCAUAUUGACCCUGCCGACUCUAGAGUGGAUCACGCUGUGGCAGAACAAGUUCAGUCAGACCGGGAAGAAGGAACUGAGGUCUCUGCAGCAACCCAGACCCAAACUGACAGUGACGCUGUGAACGUCUGAAUGUGCGAACAAUCCCGCCCACGGGAUGGAGAAGUUUUGACCGAUUUCUCGCCCUUCGCUUUAACGGCCUGCCUCUCCUUUAAUGGCCGCGCUGCUGGUUUAACUCCCAACGCGUCUAACAGGCCCCUCCAGCCGAGCUCUCCGUGACGUCAGAGGCGGUCUGGCAGCUAUGAGAUUUUGCCUCCUAUCGAGAGGUUCUGCUUCCACUGAAUAUGCAGGUCCAGUUAUCUCUCAGGGGCCCGGAGCACUGCACAGACAUGAACAGACAGAGGAAGGGUUUU